UGAGCGAGUCGAGGGUGUCAGAACUCAGAGGAGCGGAGACGACGAGAGUCGAGAGGAGACGAGAGCGACGACGCGACGCGCUCGGGUGAGCGAGUGAGUGGGCGAGGAGGCGCGGCGGCGGCGCCGGGGAGAUGGAUUUCGUCUGCCCCGGCGAUCCCGCGGCGUGGGACGGGAGGCGAUUCACCCCGUGUUUCUCCGAUUUGGUGUUGGGAUUGAGCGGAAAUGUGGUUGCGGCUGGUGCUGCCGUUGUGCUCUUCAUCUCCAGGAGGAACGCGCGGAGAACUGAGAAUGUCAGGAUGGGUUUUCUGGAGAAGUGGUUUGUUUUCGGUGUGCCUGGUUUUGCAGCCUGCCUUUCUUUUCUUGAAAUAGUUAUGCUUAUAAAGAACAAAAUUGAGGGGAAAGAUGUUGUGAACUACGAGUCGUUCUUCAGGUCCUCCCAGUUUCUUGUGUGGAUGGUUGUAGGUCUUGUCUCAGUCCAUGGACCUUGGUUCGUAUUCUACAACCCAAUCAUGUGUUUCUGCUGGAUUUUGAAGAUUCUUCUUGAGAUACCUCAUUUGCAGUACAAGCUCACAGUAUUAAAGGCAGUGUUAUAUUUUAAGGAGAUCAUCUCAUUCUCUAUGGCAAUUGUAUUUGGCCUCUUUGUAGUUGUGUCUACUGUAGUGGACCAACCACACAAUAAAAGAGAAAUGAACUCUAUUGAAGAUCCCCUUGUUCCAGAUGAUGAAAAAGCUGAGGCUGAAGUGACCAACUUGGAAAAUAACCAAAGUAUCUGGGAGUUGUUGACCUUCAAGUUCGUUAAUCCAAUGAUGGAUAUUGGGAUCACAAGACAACUCGAUUUCACUGAUCUACUUGAAUUGCCAGUUGAGCUUAGAGCUGCUUCCAGUUAUGAGAAACUUCUGUCUUCGUGGACUGUUGAACAUCAACGUCACCAUGCUGAUUCAUCUCUACUUAGAGCCAUGUCUAAUGCUUAUGGAUGGACUUACUUGCGUUUGGGACUGUUAAAGGUGAUAAAUGACAGCAUUGGUUUUGUUAGCCCACUUUUACUCAACAAGUUUAUAAAAUUUCUUCAACAAGGUUCUGGUGGUGCUGAUGGAUAUAUUCUUGCCAUUUCCCUAGGAUUAACUUCCAUUAUCAAGUCGUUUUUAGAUAGUCAGUACUCCUUUCGUCUAGCUAAGCUAAAGUUGAUGUUACGAUCAAGCAUCAUGGGAAUAAUUUAUCGGAAGUGCCUAUGUCUCAGUCUAUCUGAGCGUUCUAGGUUUUCUGAAGGAGAGAUUCAGACCUUCAUGUCUGUUGAUUCUGACCGCACAAUAAACUUAUGUAACAGCCUUCAUGAUGCUUGGAGCUUGCCAUUGCAGAUAGGAGUUGCUCUCUAUCUAUUGUAUACUCAAGUGAACUAUGCAUUUUUAUCUGGAUUGGCAAUAACAGUCAUACUAAUGCCAGUGAACAAAUGGAUCUCUACAAGAAUAGCUCACGCGACAGAAAAGAUGAUGAAACAUAAAGAUGAGAGGAUAAGUUGUGCAGGAGAACUGUUAGCACAUAUUAGAACAGUGAAGAUGUACAGCUGGGAGAGAUUAUUCACUCAACGUUUGGUGGAAAGAAGAGAAUUAGAAGUGAAGCAUCUUGCGACUCGCAAAUAUCUGGACGCUUGGUGUGUCUAUUUCUGGGCAACCACACCAACAUUGUUCUCUCUUUUCACCUUUUCCAUAUUUGCUAUAAUGGGCCACUCGCUGGAUGCUGCCACGGUCUUCACUUGUGUUGCACUGUUCAACACAUUGAUACCACCAUUAAACUCAUUCCCAUGGGUUAUUAAUGGAAUGAUUGAUGCUGUUAUCUCUAGCAGAAGGUUGAGCAAGUACUUAUCCAGUCCAGAGAAGCGUUCUUCUGCAAUACCUGUCUCAGCUGAUCUUUUAAAGCAUUGCAAUACUGAAACAAAUGUCAAUGCCAUGGCUGUCAUUCUUCGUAACGUUUGUUGCUCUUGGUCUAGCAGUUCUAUUGUUGAAUCGAGCAUGAUUUUGAGAGACGUAUCUCUGGAGCUACAGAAAGGAAUUUUUGUUGCAAUCAUAGGAGAGGUUGGUUGUGGCAAAUCAUCUUUGCUGAACUCUAUCAUCGGAGAAAUUCAUGUUACCAGUGGUUCCAUUACCUCCUAUGGUUCAAUUGCAUAUGUACCACAGGUGCCUUGGAUACUGUCUGGUUCAUUGCGAGAUAAUAUUUUGCUUGGAGAAGAAUUUGAUCCAAGGAGGUACGAAGAAGUGAUACAUGCUUGUACCCUUGAUGUUGAUAUCUCAGCAAUGGUUGGGGGAGAUAUGUCACAUAUUGGAGAGAAAGGUCUUAACUUAUCUGGUGGACAAAGAGCCCGUUUAGCCUUAGCAAGGGCUUUGUAUCAUGACUCUGAUGUUUACUUGUUUGACGAUGUACUUAGUUCAGUUGACUCACAAGUUGCUUCGUAUAUCUUGGAAAAAGCCAUUAUGGGGCCCAAAAUGAAGAGAAAAACACGAAUAUUAAGCACCCACAAUCUUCAGGCAAUUUCCGCAGCAGAUAUGAUAGUGGUCAUGGCUAAUGGGCUUGUUAAGUGGUUUGGGACGUUGGACUCUUUCUUAGCAACUCCAUACUCGACACUGUCUAAGCCAGAGAGUUCAAGGGUUAUCUCAUCAACAUUUUCUGAGAAAAACAAAGGAGUGAGCGUCGCCCAUGAAUCCGAGACUAAUGGCCUGAUUGACAAUGACUCAGUAGUUGAUCACGAGGAACAAAGAGAGCAGAAUUCUGUAGAGGCCAGGAAAGAAGGCAUGGUAGAGCUUAGUGUGUACAAAAAGUAUGCAGCAUUCGCGGGAUGGUCAAUUGCUUUUCUGAUAUGUCUAAGUGUGUUCUUAAUGCAAGCAUCUCGUAAUGGCAAUGAUCUUUGGUUAACUUACUGGGUCGAUACCAGCACAGCUUCCUCACGCACAAUAUUUUAUCUGACUAUCCUUGCUGCGUUUGGUGCAUUGAACUCUUUUUUCACAUUGGGAAGGGCGUUCUCUUUUGCAUAUGGUGGUCUCUGUGCAGCAAUUCAAAUACAUGCUGAUCUUCUUAAUAAUCUAAUCGGUGCACCAGUUUCAUUUUUUGACCAAAAUCCUAGUGGCCGGAUACUGAACAGAUUAUCCUCAGACCUAUAUGCCAUUGAUGAUUCUCUUCCGUUUAUCCUCAACAUAUUCGUGGCAAACUUCUUCAGCUUGCUUGGUACUCUGGUUGUAAUAUCUUAUUCACAGGUUUCAUUCUUACUGAUCUUAGUUCCUCUCUGGCUUAUCUACAGAAAUGUACAGUUCUAUUAUAGGUCUACAUCACGUGAAGUACGACGACUUGACAGUGUUGCUCGUUCACCAAUAUAUUCAUCUUUUACAGAGACACUUGAUGGUUCAUCAACAAUAAGAGCAUUUCAAAAAGAAGGAUUCUUCUUAGAAAGAUUCAUCCAACAUGUGACACUAUACCAGAAAACAUCCUAUUGUGAACUGGUUGCUGGUCUGUGGCUCUCAUUGAGACUCCAGUUGUUGGCAGGUUUUAUAAUUCUGUUCAUCGCCAUUAUGGCCAUUGUUGGCUUCAAUAGUAAAUCUGUUAUUAAUUUUGGUACACCUGGACUGGUCGGCCUGGCGCUGUCAUAUGCCGCACCCGUUGUACCAUUGUUGAAUGGCUUCUUAACCACCUUUACAGAGACAGAAAAGGAAAUGAUUUCUGUUGAGAGAGUUGUUGAGUAUGUUGGCAUACCUCAAGAAGAACUUCAUGGAUCGGAAUCCCCUCACAGUGGCUGGCCAACAGAGGGGAACAUUGAGUUUGAGCGUGUUACUCUAAGGUACAAGGAGGAUUUACCCCCGGCUUUGAAUGAUGUUUCGUUCUUUAUUUCAUCAGGCAUGCAGGUUGGAAUAAUAGGGAGGACUGGAGCAGGCAAAUCCAGUAUACUGAAUGCACUUCUUCGUUUAGCUCCAAUCUGUAAUGGCCGCAUCUUAGUAGAUGACUUUGAUGUGGCCAAACUUGCUGUCCGAGAUCUUCGUGGACAUUUUGCAGUAGUCCCACAGAGCCCGUUUUUGUUCGAUGGGUCUUUGAGGGAAAAUCUAGACCCUUUUAAUAGAACAACAGAUCUCAGGAUAUGGGAAGCUCUUGAUAAGUGUCAUAUGAAGACAGAGAUUGAAUCUAUAGGUGGACUUGACAUCCAUGUGAAAGAAAGUGGUGCGUCUUUUUCAGUAGGUCAGAGACAACUCCUGUGUCUUGCCCGUGCUAUCCUUAAAUCAUCCAAGAUACUCUGCCUUGAUGAAUGCACAGCUAAUGUUGACAAUCAGACAGCCUCCUUGUUGCAAAAUACUAUUUCUGCUGAAUGCAAAGGCAUGACAGUUCUGACGAUAGCACAUCGAAUUUCAACAGUGAUGAAGAUGGACAGUAUUCUAGUUCUUGAUCAAGGAAAAUUGGUUGAAGAAGGAAACCCAGAGGUUCUUGUGGAUGACAAAUUCUCAAGAUUCUCACGAUUUGCCAAGGCAUCUAACAUGUGAUUCUAGGUUAACAUACUCUGAUGGUCUAGUUUUUCUGCUAACUCCCCUUGAGCAGAUGUACUAGACACGUUAGAUCAGCUGCAAUUUUACAUCGAUAGCUGGUAGGGAACAUAAACUCUGAUCAUCUAGCUUAUCAUUAGUCAUUGAAAAAGAGAUUGAAGAAAAUGUUUCUUUCCCUUGAAAAAUUAAAUUUGGGCUAAUGUUCGAUCCGGAUGAUUGCAAAAUUGAUUGAUCA